CGGAUUCGUAAUAACGGUCUCACUGCCCCCAAAAGACUUGCAUUGAUUUUUACGCCGUGCUCGCUUUAUCGAUCUAGUUUAAUUAAGUUCAUAGCCGUCAAAAAUGUUCUGUGCGCUUCUGCUCGUCUGCUCAGAGUUUCCGUUUAGUGUUUUCUAACGUUGGCCUCCAUAUGUCCCAUAAUAUGUUCGUUGACGCCGACGUACUGUUGCAAUAGGUGCUCCUCCGCUGAUUUCGAAAUGGCCAAGAACAGCUUUAAGACUUUAAUCAGCCAGAAACACAAAACGUUUCCGGCGGACCUAAAUAUGUACGGAAUGAAGUGUAAAUCGCAGCUGCUGGAGGAUCAGGAGAACGUGACUCUGAUCAUCAAUCGGCGGAACUCAAUCCGCCAGAAGCCGAAGAGUUGGGCUUGGACCCUGCUGCGUUGCAGGUGGCAAAAGAAGCUAGUUCUCUUGUUAAUAUUUAUUUGUGUGUGCGUUCUAAUUGUUUUCGCCAACACGCAUCUCUUGGUUCGCGGCAACAUCCUCUCGGCCUUCCUCUCGAGCCGGCUCACCAAGCACUCGCACGCGGAGAAGCAGGAGGCGAGGUAUCCCGACAUCCCGGCCACGACCCCGCCAGUUCCCCCGGUGCUGAGGCCCACGCACUAUCUGCUCAACUACUCCGCCACCCAGAUGGAGCUGGGCUCGCACUUGAACGGCCUGUCCUCGGACUACAACAUAUUCGUCAUCUACACGCGGGAGAACUACCACUUGAACCUCAAGUUCGACCUGUUCGCCCACAGCUUGCUGAAGCAUACCAGUGCCCAGCUGCAUCUGCACGUGAUCACGGACAGCGAGAGCCAGCCCUCGGUGCUGGAGAUCCUGCAGCGACAGAUCAGGCGGUUCCGGCGGACGGUCAUAUACACCAUAUACGACGUGAAGGUCUGCUCCAGCAUCAUACAGGACAUAGCCGCCAAGUUGUCCCCGUACUUCAGCUCAACCCCGAACUCGUACUACAGCGACUCCCUCUUUUUCCUGUCCCUCGGCCUCCACAGGAUCGCCGACAGGAGCCUGAACAGAGCCAUUCUGCUAGAUUGUGAUAUAGUCUUCCGAUCCGAUGUCCGACUGCUGUUCAACGAGUUCGACAACUUUCUGCCGCACCAACUGUACGGACUGGCGCCGGAACUGACCCCCGUCUACCGCCACAUCCUCUACCGCUACCGCGUGCGCUAUCCCAAGACCAGUUUCGGGAAUCCCUACUAUCCGAUUAACAACGAAGGGGGCAACCAACAUAGCCGUGUCCACCACGGCUAUCCUGGCCUGAACUCCGGCGUGGUCCUGCUGCUCCUCAACCGCAUCCGGAACUCAAAGUCCUACUUGGAGAAGCUGACCCACUCGGAGGUGCACACCCUGGUCGCCAAGUACUCCUUCAAGGGCCACCUCGGCGACCAGGACUUCUUCACCCUGCUGGGAUACGAGUACCCGAACUUGAUCUACAGACUGGACUGCAUUUGGAACCGCCAGCUGUGCACCUGGUGGAAGGAUCACGGAUACUCACAGAUAUUCGACGCUUAUUUUCGGUGCGAGGGCAAUAUUAAAAUGUACCAUGGCAACUGUAAUACGCGAAUUCCAGAAUAAAUAAAAUUGUUAUAGGAAUAUUAAAUUAA